CGGAGCGGCCGGAGGCUGCGGGCGCCGACGGGAUGGCCGAGCGCGGCGGGGCCCCGCGGCGGAGGCGGCAGGAGGAGCCCCGCGGCGGAGGGCGAGGCGAGCCCAGCCAGAGCCGGAGGGGCGCCGGCGACGCUGCCCAGCCCGAGCCCGACGGCGCCCCCGCCACCCCCGACUUCAGGUGCCACAGGCUUCAGGAUUCCCUCCUCAGCUCGGCCAGCGGCUACAGCAACUACCGGGGGAUCCUGAAUUGGUGCGUCGUCAUGCUGGUCUUGAGCAAUGCCCGCCUCUUCCUGGAGAAUCUUAUCAAGUACGGCAUCUUGGUGGAUCCCAUCCAGGUCAUCUCCUUGUUCCUGAAGGACCCCUAUAGCUGGCCCUCCCUGUGCCUUGUUAUUGUGGCCAAUGUGUUUGCACUGGCAGCUCUGCACACAGAGAAGAGGCUGGCCACGGGCUCCUUGUCGGAGCGCAGUGGGACCGUUCUCCACACCAUCAACCUGCUGACAAUCUUGUGCUUCCCGGCACUUGUGGUGCUGGCCGUGAACUCAAUCACUCCAGUUGGGGCUGUGUUUACUUUGGCCGUUCACACCAUCCUCUUCCUCAAGCUCUUCUCAUUCAAGGAUGUGAACAAGUGGUGCCGUGAGAGAAGGCGAGCCAAGGGAGUCCCGGCACACUCUGGCGCUGCUUCUGGGCUGCAGAGAGCCAACGGAGACGUGCCCCCAAGUGGAGGAGUGUCUUACCCAGCAAACCUGACCUACCGAGAUAUGUACUACUUCCUGUUUGCCCCAACCCUGUGCUAUGAGCUGAAUUUCCCUCGUUCCCCCCGGAUCCGGAAGCGCUUCUUGCUGCGCAGGCUCUUCGAGAUGCUCUUCUUCCUGCAGCUGCUUGUGGGGCUGAUUCAGCAAUGGAUGGUCCCCACAAUUCAGAACUCCAUGAAGCCUUUCCGGGACAUGGACUACUCCAGGAUCAUUGAGCGCCUCCUGAAGCUGGCCGUCCCCAACCACCUGAUCUGGCUCAUCUUCUUCUACUGGUUCUUCCACUCCAGCCUGAAUGUCAUAGCGGAAGUCAUGCAGUUCGGAGACCGGGAGUUCUACCGGGACUGGUGGAACUCUGAGACGGUGACCUAUUUUUGGCAGAACUGGAACAUUCCCGUCCACAAGUGGUGCCUGAGGCACUUCUACAAGCCUAUGAUCAAGAGGGGUAUGGGGAAAUGGACAGCUCAAACGGCCGUGUUCUUGGCUUCUGCCUUCUUCCAUGAGUACCUGGUGAGCGUGCCCUUGAAGAUGUUCCGCCUCUGGGCUUUCAUGGGGAUGAUGGCUCAGAUCCCCCUGGCCUGGUUUGUCAGCCGGUUUCUCCGAGGCAACUACGGGAACGCCGCGGUGUGGAUGUCCCUGAUCAUCGGGCAGCCCAUUGCUGUCCUCAUGUACGUGCACGACUACUAUGUGCUGAACUACGAAGGAAGGCAGUGACGGGGGCCACAGCUGGUGCCGGUGGCUCUCCUUCGCCAAGGGCAGGACAGCUCCGUCUUUUUGUUCUUCUGCGGAAGCCCACAACUCACCAGCAUGGGCAGAGAUGUCGCUGUAGCCAUCUUUGUUCUGGGAAGUUGCCUUGAGCGGUCUUUUGUACGUGUGUAUGUGUGUGCGAGAGGUGGCUGCUUGCCAGCCCCUGAGUGUGAAUGCUGGAUCAAUGCAAUAGCCUUCAAGCAUUUCUGCCAGAGCCUGGGGGCCUGUUUUUGGCUGGCAUCUGCCGGGUCACCCCUUGGGGCCUGGGAGCUAGUCAUGGGGGCGGGGGGGGGGGGCAGAAAGGUGUCUUUCCACCUUCUGAAUCUGAAGGGAGGGUGGGAUUUUGCUCUGUGAAGUGGGGCGGUUGGGGUGUAUUUCCUCCCAGAGAGCAUGUAAAUUGCAGCCGGGGACUGCUCCCCCCACCUGGUUCUGUCCCCAAAGCACUUUAAAGGCCCCAGCGUUCUCACUGGGUUUUCUGCCCUCUUUGGACACCCUGUCCUGUUAAGAGGUUUGCCAGCAGCCAUUCUGGCAUUGAAAAGGAUACUUCUUCUCUAUACUUCUCUUUAGCCUUGUGGGAAUGGAGAUUGCCGGCCUGUGGGCUUCCCGUGGCGUUGCUCAAGGCUCGGCUCCAGCAGGCCUUGUUUGUAUUCUGUCCCGGGCCUGGAGAGCUGCCUUGGUUCCGAGCACUACCUGCAGUCCGUCCGUGUCCCAUGGCAGCUGAGCUCAGCGGUCUCUGGGCCCCUCCCCACGUAGCUGCCAUCAUUUUGUGGUCCUUGCGUUGGCGGCUGUUCGACUUGGCCCAGGAUCAUCCUGGCUGUGUGUGCCCAUCCCAUGUCUGGUCACCUAAGCAACUUUUUAGACUUUGCAGGCUGUAUCUGCCCGGUACUAAGUGAUUAAAGCAUAUUUUCCGAAA